ACGCGCCUUGCAGAGAGACCGUUAAAUGCACGCAGAUGCCCAACGCGGCAGCCAGCCUAGGAAUAUCGCUUUAGCAAUCAGGGGCGCGCGUCUCGCAAUCUGCAAGCGGUCCGCUAGGCAGGGGCUGAAGGCACAAGGGCACCUUCCCGCUCCUCCAACAAAGUUCCCCUUUUUGCGGUGGUCUCGUCCUCCUCUCCUCUCAAACCCGCCUCCGGCUGGAGGACAACCAAUGGUUGGCUGCUGGGAAAUCGAACAAGGAGGUGGGCGACGUGGGCGUGGGGUUUGCCACAGUCGCUUUUAAACAUAUAGGGUGAGGGCAUCUUCGGAGUCGUCGCCGCGCUAAGCACGAGGGUCCAGAAACUGAAAGAAGACAAAAGCCAAUGGGAGCAGCAGCUUGUGAAUAAUCAUGGUGAAACAUUGAGUGCCCCAUAAUGUAAAAAAAAUUCUGAGUCUUAAGACUAUAAAGUUUAUGCAAAGAAGAGGAAAUGCAGCUGAAACCUCCUGAUGAAAUUUCUUGUGUGACACUGAGUAACAAUGACACUGGUGCCUGUGGAAUAUGGGCAACAUGGCAGCAUCUUACGUGGGUGAGAGAAAGAUGAAGGGAUCAUGUGGCCCAAUUUUUCCAAAAUGCAAAUUUUUUGCUUGGUUCUGGCAGUGUUGGCAAUUCUGGCUUUCGUUCACAACUUUUACCAGUUAGAGAAUCUGAAUGAUGCAGGUCUAAAGUGGUUAGUAGAAGAUGAUGAUCAGCAGCCUUUAUCACAGAUGACCAAACUACCCAGAAAGCUGUAUUGUGGCUAUGAGCACCAAAUCUUGUCCAAGAGGGAACAAGGGGAAGAAGAUUCCUUAUUUGCUGCUAUACAGUGGCCCAGACCUCCACAGGACAAAAUCCCAUUUGUGAGGAGCACUGACCCAUCCCGUAGCACCUUUGUGAUACUGAAUACCCAUACACAUUUCAAGGUUGGUGAUCAGCUGGAGGUGCGGGUCCACAUGAAAGAUUACGAAGGCAAACCAAAGCAAUAUGGUGGAGACUACCUUCAGACAAGAAUCCACUCUGCUCAUCUGAAAGCUGGAGCCACAGGAAGAGUUGUAGAUUACCAGAACGGAUUUUACAGAGUUUUUUUCACUUUACUCUGGCCAGGGGAGGUUACAGUAUCUGUGGCCUUGGUCCAUUCUAGUGAAGGGAUCCAAGUUCUUCAACGUUUACAAGAAGAAAGACCAGACAGGGUAUAUUUUAAAAGCCUAUUCAAAUCAGGGAGAAUUUCAGAAACCACUGUGUGCAAUGUGUGUUUGCCAGGAGAUAUGCCAGUGUGUAAUUUCACAGAUCUUUACACAGGUGAGCCAUGGUUUUGCUACAAGCCAAGAAAACUUUCUUGUGCCACCAGGAUCAGCCAUUACAAAGGGGGAUAUCAAAAGGGUCUACUGAACUCGGAAGAGAGUCGCCUUUUCCAAAGUGAUGUCAAUAUCAAAGUGCCAGUAUCCUCCAGUGGCCCCGAUACUGUGAUCGUAAGGCCGUUAAGGCAUGCAGAGAUGGACAAUCUGGAAAGAUCUCAAAGCCCUAAUGUAUUUCCUUCUGGUUACUAUUAUCAAGAUGAAUGGCGAGCAAGAACACAGUGGAUUCGGCAUUUUAACGAGUCAUCGGAUAUUACUGAAUGUUUACAAGGGAAACUUAUCCACUUGUUUGGAGACUCUACAAUCAGGCAGUGGUUUGAAUAUUUGACCACAUUUGUUCCAGGUCUUGUGGAAUUAAACCUUGGUAGUCCUAAAAAUGUUGGACCUUUCAUGGCUGUGGACCCAACACAUAACAUCCUACUAAAAUUCCGCUGUCAUGGGCCCCCAAUUCGCUUUUCCACUGUGUUUAGCAGUGAGCUGCACUACAUUGCCAAUGAACUGAAUCGCAUUGUAGGUGGAAGGAACACUGUGAUAGCCAUAACUAUCUGGUCUCACUUCAGCACUUUUCCUGUAGAAGUGUAUAUCAGGAGACUGAGGAACAUUCGCAGGUCAGUUGUUCGGCUUCUGGAUCGGAACCCCAAAACUCAGAUCAUCAUCAAAACCGCCAAUGUUCAGGAGCUUGGGCCGGAGGUUAGCCUUUUCAACAGCGACUGGUAUUCCUAUCAGCUUGACACAAUCAUGAGGAAGAUGUUCUCAGGAAUUGGGGUGAACUUCGUGGAUGCUUGGGAGAUGUCACUGGCACAUCAUUUGCCACACAAAUUACAUCCUGAAGAUGUCAUUGUCAAAAAUCAGAUAGAUGCUUUCUUGUCUUAUGUGUGUCCAUUGGAAACACACAACAGCCUUUUGAAAGGAAUCCAUGAUCAAAUGUGGUCUCUGUUUCUGUAGUUCAUUUUCAAACACAUUCUGUACUAGUUGCUUAUUGUGAUUGAUUGGUUUGUUAAUGUUUAUUAUAUACUGGUAUUUCAUUUACAUUGCUAUGAA